AUGGCCGCUUCUGUUCCAUCAUUCAAACUUAACACUGGUGCUAACAUCCCUGCCAUCGGUCUCGGUACAUGGCAAGCUAAACCUGGAGAGGUCAGACAAGCUGUAGCUCAUGCCCUCAAAGUCGGAUAUAGACAUAUCGACGGUGCGUUAUGUUACCAAAACGAAAAAGAAGUCGGUGAAGGCAUCGCAGACUCUGGUGUACCUCGAUCAGAGAUCUUCCUUACAUCCAAAGUCUGGUCUUCAUAUCACGAUCGAGUAGAAGAAUGUCUUGAUCAAACACUUUCCGAUUUAGGAACUGAUUACCUUGAUUUAUACCUCGUUCAUUGGCCUGUCCGAUUGGCACCCAAUGGAACUCACAAAUUGUUCCCUGUUAAAGAGGAUGGAUCUAGAAAUAUCGAUUGGGAAUGGGACCAAGCCAAGACAUGGGAACAAAUGGAAGCUGUUUUAGCCAAAGGAAAAGUAAAGGCCAUUGGUAUCUCAAAUUGUGGUAUCCCAAUCAUCGAACAUUUGUUAAAAACUGCAAAAGUCACUCCUGCAGCAAAUCAAAUCGAAUUACAUCCUUAUAACCCUGAACAUGAAUUAAUCAAAUACUGUCAAGAUAAAGGUAUUUUAGUUCAAGCUUAUUCACCUUUAGGUUCAACUUCUUCACCUCUUCAUAAAGAUGAUGACUUAACUGCCAUCGCUGAGAAAUACAAGGUAUCAACCGCAGCUGUACUUUUGUCUUGGUCAGUAGCUAAAGGUGUAGUCGUUUUACCUAAAUCAGUAACUCCUUCAAGAAUCGAAGCAAACCUACACGUAAUCAAACUUGAGAAAGAUGAAGUUGAGAAACUCGAUAAAUUGGCUGAAAACGGUAAACAAACUAGAGUCAACUCUCCUCCUUGGGGUUCAGACUUUGGUUUCCCUCAUUGGUACGGACCUAACAACAAGGACGCUCCCGAAGGUGCUAGAAUCCUCUCUCAAAAGGCAUAG